UCGUCUCCACUACCAUCCUACUCAUCACUCACCACUCAUCGUCUCCCCUCUGCGUCACCGGCGUGCGUGCGUCGUCAGUUCGCUCCAGUUCAGUUGAGUUCAACAGUUUGCUUCUCGGUUUCCCUCCCGUGAUGGACACGUCGGCGUCCCCUAGUCCCAGCUCGUCCGCGCCGGAGCCUCGGCAAUGGGCCGGCGGUCGCCCCGGGCUGGGGUCCGCGGCGCUUGAGCUGGCCUGCAAGGUGCUCUGCGUCGUGGCGACGUGCGCCUUCGCCGCGGUGGGCUCGCUGGUUGGGGCGGUGUCGGGGUCGGUGAUCGGGCUGGCGACGGAGAGCGGGGUGGUGCGGGGCGCUGGCAUCGGCGCCAUCUCCGGCGCCGUCUUCUCCAUCGAGGUCGCCGAGUCGUCGCGGGACCUCUGGCACACCAGCGACUCCUCCGUCUGGAGCGUCCUCUUCAUGGUGGACAUCAUCCUCAGCCUGCUGAGCGGGAGGCUGGUUCGCGAGAAGGUGGGGCCGGCGGUGCAGAGCGCCGUGCAGAGUCAGAUAAGCGCCAUAAGCUCGCCGUUCACGGAGCCCAGCGACCUGUUCGAGACCAGCGGUGCGAGGGGGCUGCCGGCGCACGCGCUCCGGCGGCUGCCGGCGAUCAAGGUCAGCGCGGACACCGCGGUGGACGAGGCCGGGGAGGCGCUCUGCUGCUCGGUGUGCCUGCAGGACCUUGAGGUGGGCGAGUCGGCGAGGCGGCUGCCCGGCUGCCGGCACGUCUUCCACGCGCCCUGCAUCGACCGCUGGCUCGUCAGGCACGCCUCCUGCCCGCUCUGCCGACGAGACAUCUUAGCCCGGCCGGGCACCGUAGGCCGGCCGAUCCCCUGCUUGUAACUAAAUUAAAUCGUCAUUGUUCGCCGUGCGUCAGGUGCCCGUAAGGGGACCGGUGGCAAAAGAAGCCACUUGUGUAGCGAUGCGUGAAUGAAUUGGGAACGUGGAAUUGUGGAUAAGAAGAAUUGUUCGGGGCUGAUCUGGCUUCCUACUACUCUGAUGAAGAUUGUUUGCACGUUCUGAUUUAUUGCACGCACGCCGGGCGCACACGAACUGCAA